AUGUCUUUCGAUUUAUCUAAAAUAAGUUCUCAGAAAGUAAAAGCAAUUCCUGGCGGAGAGGCUGUGGAAAUGCAGAGUUUCUGGAAGGAUCAGAAUGUUGCAAUAAUAUUCUUUCGCCGCUGGGGUUGUAUGUUUUGCAGAUUGUGGGCUAAGGAGCUUGGUGAAAUCUACCCGAUCUUAAAGAAGAAUAACAUCAGACUUGUUGGGAUAGGGAUUGAGGAGGCCGGUUCAAAGGAGUUUGUGGAUGGCAAAUAUUUUAAUGGAGAUCUGUUUUAUGCUGAAGAUAAGUCUAUUUAUCAGACUUUGGAAUUCAAGAGAUUUAAUCUGGUUUCCAUUAUAACAUCACUGUUUUGGAAGCAGUCUCGAGAGGCAAUUGUCAAAGGGAAAAGUCUUGGUUUGCAUAGCGAUCUUAUUGGUGACGGCUUACAAAAUGGCGGCGGCCUGUUCAUAUGCGGCGGGAAUGUUGAAUGUCAUUACGUACAAUUAGCGCCGGCCGAUAGAUUGAAUAAUAUGGAAAUAGCUAAGGUAUGUAAUUCAAAUACAGGUUUAGGAGGUGAUUUGAAAGGUGACUGGGUCCAAACAGGCGGGGCUUUGCUAGUGGGUCCUGGUGGAAGACUCAUAAAAUAUUUCACUCAAACCGGCCCGAGUGAUCAUCUACCCAACUCCGAUAUAUUGAAGAAAUUCCAAUUAUGA